CGCUAAUUCUUGUCAGAUGCGCGUGCCAUCUCUCUUCUGGAAACCCCCAUCAAGCAUGUCAGGACAGCACAAAAAAAGGAGCAGCAACCAACCAAUCCAACCAACCAACAACAAGCAAGACAAGCACCACACACAAUGCAGCAGCAAAGACCGCCCUCUGUGCAAGCGGCGUGCGACACCAAGUUCACCCAGCACCAACAAGCACACCAACAAGCACAACAAGCACAACAGGCACACCAACAGGUGGGACAAGGAUGGGUGUACACGGGUGAGGGGUGUGAGACGCUGUAUCUGGAUGCAGACGGGCGAUACACCACGUCCGAUGCCUUGUUCAGUGCCAUCCUUGCAAAGUGGAUCACACACAGCACAGGCAACAACGACGUCGAUGAUGAGAGCACGGAGCAACAAGGGUGCGGCCACAACGCAAGUGACGCCACCGCCACCGCCACCAUCACCACCGCCAGCACCAGCACCACUAGCACCACCACCACCACCAGCAGCAGCAGCAAGGAGCCACCUUACCUUCACCCACAUGCACAAUCACAACCACAACCGGAGCAGCAGCGCUUCCCUCGGCUGCUGGAUCUCGGAACAGGCACGGCAAGUCUGCUAGCCCACCUGCACACGUCCUUGGGCUGGCCCUUUGACCGCAUGCUUGGCAUCUCCGCCGUGGACGAACGCUCGCCAAGCACGACGCCGGCUGUGCCGGACUCGUCCUACUGCGUCGCCAACAUCGACAACCUGAGCAGCCUGGCUGAGGAGCCACAACGCGACCUCACAGGCGCCUUUGACGUCAUCUGGUCAUCACACACCUUCUACCACUUGGUGGAUCCCAUCGCGGCCGUCUGCGCAGUGUACGAUCUCCUGGCACCAGGUGGCAUGGCCUUCCUCAGGCACGUCCCCAUUGCCGGCACGGGCCUCUCCCGCGAGCAGCUGCGGUCAUACUUGCGCCAACAUCACUUCCGCGCCUGCGUCGCCCCAAUGCCAGACUCGCCGGGCAACGACAUGGUCCUGCUGCGCAAGCCAACCCAGGCCGACCUCCAGGUGACCGUGCUCCCGCCACCACCGCCAGCCCUCUCGCCUCCCUUCACAUACACAGGCACCGUGCAACGAAGCGGCACGUACCAGUACGCCCUGCUCCAGUGGCAGCCGGAAGCAAACAACGACCACCCACCGCGCAGCGAAGACGACGUCGCACAGCAGCAGCAAAAACAACAACACGUGGAUAUGGGGUUGCUGGAGGCGCAAGAUGACAGGCUAUCACUAGACCCAGCCUUUUUUGUUCAAGCCAUCAUGGGCGUGCACGCACGCGAGCUCGUUGGUGCCACACCGCCAUCAUCAGCUGGGGACCAAGGCGACGAUGGCAUGCUUGCUUGGUUGGCUGCUUGGUCCCCAAACACGUGCCAGCUCGUCUGACAAUGCAAAGGCACAGUGAGGGAGGCCCUGGGUGUUGUUGGGGGCUUGUGUGACACAUGACUGCUCGUGUAUGGCGGUAUGUUGAUCCAUGGUGAUGGUCGUGGUGGUCGUUUUCGAUUUCAUCGUGUACACAUGUGUGAGAGACAAAGCAACACAGUGGUGCAGACAAGUCAAACGCAAGCAGGCAAGCGAGCAACAAACACGUGUGAAGGACAAGAAAGGGU